AUGUCUGAGUAUUCCUGGUCAUCAUCGCAAGGCGAGACGCCCAGCUGGGGCUCACGAUGGAAGGGAGCGCCCAUAGGCGAGGGCCCAGAUGGCAAAGUGCUGUACUCCUGUGUUGAGAUGGAGCCUAUGAACGAUGCAGAAGAGCCAUUUGAGGUUUGCAUCGGAGACUCUGUCGAAAUAUUUGCAGACGCUGACGAAGCAUCGAAGCUCCCGAAGCUGCCAGAUGGGAGUGACAGGGUAUAUGUGUUGAAAGUGACCAAGCUUUGGGAGGGGCCAUGGCAAGGUGCCAAAGACGCGAAGUGCUUCGAGGGAGAGUGGUUUUACACACUGUGGGACACUGUGAUCCUGACUGAAGUAAAAGGCAGGGCCCGCCUGCCUACUGUAGGCAAGGGCUUCGAGCCCCUGGACUUGCGGCAAGUGUUUAAGGCUGACCCAAAUGAAGAUCUGUGGGAGCAAACGUGCGAGGUCGCUGUGAUCAAAAGGGUGGUUCGUGUUUUGCACGUGACGCCUGGAAACCCCGCCCCGGACAUUGGCAGUUGUGACUACUGGUGGGCUUUGACGCAUUCAAGACGUUUCCACACCUUUCAGGACCACGACCACAGGCCGACAAUGGCCCAGGAGAACCGGGCUCUCAAUUCAGUGGAGAUAUACAGCGGCUGUGGUGGCUUCUCGUUCGUCGCCCAGAGAAGCGAGCUUGGGAGUGUGGAAGUGCGCCACGCUGUCGACAUAUUUGAAGAUGCCCUCAGCACUUUCAAAGUCAACCAUCCCAGCACGCACGUCCACCUGAUGCAUGUUGAUGAAUUCCUUUUCGUGUGCCAAAAGCUGCGCCAACUCCGCCGGAAACACUUGGAGCGACCAAAUUGCGACCCGAAUGGCGGAAACCGUCAAGAGCACGAAACACAAUAUCAGGGAUGCAUAACAUCUGUGAAGGUCGGGCACCCGCCCACCAAAGAGUGGGUACCAGGGGAAGGGGGGAACACCCUGGACCAGCUUCCUGAAGAUCUGACAGAAGAAAACUCUUGGCUCAUGUUUGAAUACAGUAGCUGGCCUGGAAGUAGCGAACAAGGGCGUUGCUGGUUGAAGGAGAGCACAGUGCCCUUGCGAGCACUUGUGGCAUUCUUGAAAGGUGUGGUGAAACACGGGACGUUUCCAUCACCAAGAGAACUCGCCAACAGCCCUGGGGAUGUCGAUCUCAUCUGCGGUGGACCGCCCUGUCAAGGCAUCAGCUGCCAGAACUAUGUAGCGAAGACAGAAGACAUCCUUGAAGAUGAGAGGAACAAGCAAAUCAUAGUUUUUCUGAAGGCUGUUAUGGUGUUCAAGCCGAGUUUUGUCCUCUUAGAGAAUGUCUUGGCAACGUUCGAAAAGCAUCGGGAGGAUGGGCUCUAUAUGAAAUUCGCGAUUGCGACGCUGCUAUCCAUGGGGUACCAGACAAGGCUGGGCGUGGUGUCCUCGGAUGAUCAAGGGGUGCCAGAGGCCCGCCGGAGGUUCUUCCUUUGGGCCGCGAAAUCAGGAGCAGAGGCACUGCCGCCCUUUCCGAGGCCGGUGUUUCAUAGCAUCAGGAGAUGGGAUGUGGGGCCUUGCCGCAUGGACUGUGCAGUUUACACUGAAGAAGACAAUAGGGGUGGCCCCAAGGGUAUCAAGUUGUUUCCCCCGCUGGUGGUCGGGGACGCUUUGAGCGACCUGCCGCCUGUCACGAACUACUGCUUUGCGGACGCAAUGGACUAUAAGCUGCCACCCCAGAGGCCCUACCAGUUGUGGAUGAGGCGAAAACCCCCAACGUGGGAACCAUCCCUCGAGGAGCGGGCCCGGGCGGCUGACUGGCUCAUGGAGAGCGGCAAAGACAGGGCGCUGGCCCUUCUUACAGGGAAUGUAGGUCUGGGUGAGCGCGAGAGGCUGGCGACCCUGGGAGACCUCGUGAUGGGAAGGACGUGCCAGCCUGAAGCAUUCGAGGGUCGACAAGUGCAGUGUGCGAAUGAAGAGGCGACGCCGUCCGCGCAGCGGCAGUUUGAGCUGUGGUCCAGAGCGUUUCGCAGGGGCCAGUUGUAUCGCCUUGGGAAGUUUGUAGAGCUGGAGCUGGAGAGGGAUGCGCAUGCACGGGAAUCAGGGAGGCCGUGCCCGCUGCGCGACCACCUGCCAAUCAAGCUGAGGUCGGUGGAGUAUGAUCGCGUCAUGGCAGUUCCGAAGUCGUCGGAGGGUGUGGACGGCCCAGACUUCAGGAGCAUGAGAGGAGUCGUCAUGCAUCGAAAUGGUAAUUGGUGA